CGGGAGGGAGGUUAUGUAAGGGGGGAGGGAGGCGGGAGGAGGAGCAGGACGGCUCUCGCCGCCGUGCAGCCGCCGUGCAGCCGCAGCCAGCCGGGGCGGCCGCAUGUGCGAAGUGGGGACGCGGCCGCCGCUGGCCGCCGAGCGCGGGGAGCCGCCCGGGGGUGCCGCCGCCGCCGCCGAGAGGUGCCGAGACAUGGGAGAACAGCCCAUCUUCACCACCAGAGCCCAUGUCUUCCAAAUUGACCCCAGCACGAAGAAGAACUGGGUUCCUGCAAGCAAGCAGGCUGUAACUGUUUCCUACUUCUAUGACAGCACCAGAAACAGCUAUCGGAUUAUCAGUGUGGAUGGAGCCAAGGUGAUCAUAAACAGCACCAUCACCCCCAACAUGACCUUCACUAAAACGUCGCAGAAGUUUGGGCAGUGGGCAGACAGCAGAGCCAACACCGUCUUUGGGCUGGGCUUCCCCUCUGAGCAGCAGCUGACAAAGUUUGCAGAGAAGUUCCAAGAAGUAAAAGAAGCUGCCAAACUUGCAAGAGACAGAUCUCAAGAGAAAAUUGAAACCUCAAGCAAUCAUUCACAGACCAGCUUUGCAGCCAAGAUGAAAAGGGAGAUGCAGGAGACACCCAGUGUUCGUUUGUGUGUUGUGCUGCAGGAGUCUGGACGUGAAACACCAUCUUCCACUCGAGCUUCAAGUGUGAAUGGCACAGACGACGAGAAGGCAUCUCAUGGUGGCCCUGCUGAGGCACAUCUCAAAUCUGAGAAUGAUAAAUUAAAAAUUGCUCUAGCCCAAAGUUCAUCCAACGUGAAGAAGUGGGAGACGGAGCUGCAGUCGCUGCGGGAGAGCAACGCGCGGCUGUCCACGGCCCUGCAGGAGUCGGCGGCCAGCAUCGAGCACUGGAAGAAGCAGUUCUCAGCCUGCAAGGAGGAGAACGACCAGCUGAGGGGCAAGAUUGAAGAACUGGAGGAACAGUGCAAUGAAAUCAAUAAAGAGAAGGAAAGAAAUGCACAGUUGAGUAGACGUCUUCAGGAACUGGAAACAGAACUUCAGGACAAAGAGCUCGAACUGGAAGAGCUCCGAAAGCAGGGUGAAAUUAUACCAGAGCUAAUGUCAGAAUGUGAAUCUGUAUCUGAACAAUUACAGGCUGCUGAGAAAAAGAACAAAGAUCUCGAAGAGAAAGUCAGAACGCUAAGGACAGAAGUUGAAGAGAACAAACAUAGGCAGACCAACCUUAAAACUGAAUUAAAGAAUUUUUUAGAUGUACUAGACGGGAAGAUAGAUGAAUUACAUGACUUCCGACAAGGACUGUCUAAACUUGGGGUUGACAAUUAGAUGGCAAUAGAUCUCUUUUGUAAUCUAGGGUCUGGAUGUUUGAUGUUUUGUUGAUCCCAAAUGUGUUUUACAAAAUAUAACUAGAAUGUUCCACUUGUUUGCAUUGGUUUUGUACAUAGAGGCUGAAAAUUUGCUGUGGGUUUUUUUUGGUGGGUUUCUUUUUUGUUUGUUUGUUUCUUUACCAAACCAGUCAUGCUGCUCACUGAAUUCUGUUGAGAUUAGAAAUUUUCUAUAUUGCUGCUCUGGCUUUGUGGGGUUGGGAACAGGUAGAGGGUUCUGUCUCAGGAAUCUGGAACUAGAUCUACCUUAAAAUGAAUAUGCAGUUAGUUGUUGCAGGGAAAUUUAUAUCUUUUCUUAAGGGCUGUUGCAACCAUAGAAACAGAAAAGUUUUUUACUUGUCCGGACUAUCAGCACUCUUAGCAGAAUUGACUUUAUUCCGUGGUGGAGCAGAGAGAUUAGCUGGAGCCCCUGCAGUUUGUAAAAUGUGCCUGUGAUGAGCUGCAGUCAGGAGAAUCACUUCUCACAGAUACCUGUAUCUUUAGGGACCACGUCAAUCAGGCCCAAUUCAGCCAAAAAAAUGCAGUGGAUUUCAGAUUACCUCUGAUUGAGGUUUCAUGUUCUUGCCUGGACCCAUCCAGCACAAAGUCAACAAUGCAGAAAUGAGUUUCAGCUCUUGAAGUCAUGUGUCUUACCAGUCAGUGAGAACAGCUUCUCUUGCUUAGCAACAUCACCUCUCUCUGGCCUUCAGUUUUGAACCCAUGUAGUUCCAUCAUUAUGUGCAUCUCUGAUAAAUGCCCACCUGAGUCUGGGGACCAGAUAGUUACUUUUAAAAGUGGUAUGUUUCUGGUUUGUUCAGGACUCAUGCCAUUCUGCGUGCAACUUGAUUGCUGUUGAUUGACUUCUGCAGCAGCGAGGAGGGAGAUGUGGAUCUGAAAAGCAUCACAAGUUUACUGGAAUGUGUUGCUCAGAAGCAAAUUUCUGCCCAAGAGACUGGCAGGGCAAUGGCCACGGAAAAUCAAAGUCCUUUCCUGGGAUUUCUGCAUUGUCUGGCAGUAGGGUAGGAAUUCGUCACCAAGUUAGGUUGUAGCAAACAAAAACCCUCAACCCUAAAGGCAGAAAUGUUCUUUUAUUCUCUAACUGAUUAUUCAGCAGCUCUAAGAGUGUGUUGAGAAAUGCAAGAUCAUAUCCUGGCCUUCAGUGAGAAGGAAUUCAGUUCAUCACACACAGGGAUGUAAAAAGGGUGAGAGAGGAGAAUCCAGCCCAAGCUUUGCUCUUUCCCCUAGGACUUCCUUCAGCUUCUUUCUAUUCUUUCUCCAUAAGAUGUUUUCAGAGUGUUUACAUGGGAUCUUAAUUAAUUCAGGAAAGUACUUUUGUGUGCAUGACAUUGUAAUUUGCUUGAUUCAGACAACAGUUUGGCUAAGCACUGUUUUAGUGCUUUCCAGCAGGGACUGAUAUAAAAUGGCCAUGCUUUUCUUGGAAUUUCAGGGGUUUUUCCUUUUUUUGGUACAUCUUGAUUAUUAAAGUGACCUUUAAAAGAAAGGUGGGCUGUAGAUGAAACAUGCAUUGAAUACUCUUUUGUAGAUGAAUAUAUAAUCCCCAUGGUGGAGAUAGGAUCUGCAUUGGCCCUUGAAUUUUCAUUUCAUCUGUUACUUUUACAUUAUCUUCAUUGCCUGUUUUUUAGAAUGGACUUUGAGUAUUUUUGCUUUUUCUCCUUUGAAACAAUGGAUGUAAAGCUAGAACCUUUCAUAACCAUUAUGACCAUUUUAAGUCUCUUUUUUAAAAAAAAUUAUUUAGGUUGUUGAUAUUUAAAAAUAAAAAUAAAAAUCAGGUACAUGGCAUGUAGGCGUGUGAAAAUUAGACUUUGCCAGCAUGGAAGAUUCAACAGUUGCAUAAUGUGGGGUUAGAUCAGACUUCUCAAAAUUGGAAAUGACGUCAGAAAGUGUGUGGUUGUGCACAAAUAGACUCCAUUUUUAGUCUUUUUAUUUGAUAGAAAGUCAGAUAUACACCAUCAUUUAGCAGGCAGCUCAUCCUGCUUCUCCUCUCCUCCCAUGCUGCUUUUUGGUCCCUGCAUCAGCUGGGAGCCACAGAUAACACAAUUAAGAGCUGCAAGCAAUACUGGCAGUCAGGGCCCUACUCCUCACAGUGGUUCAUUGCUUUUGCACCAAGGACCCUGCCCCAUCUUUUACUGCUGAGUAAUCUUAGGGCUUCUCUCUUUGUUUCAACAUAAAUUGUUUUUAACAUGAGGCUGGGUAAAAGGAUGCAAAAGACUCUGUGAAAAAAUUACAUUAUUUGGUUUAAUCCACAUCUUUGUUUUCCAUUUUAGUCAGGUCUGUCUCAGAUCCAGUUCAUUAGGAAUGUAUUAAGCCACUCUUAAAUUGCAAGAGAAGUGUUUCCAUGGGAUUGCAUUGAUUAAACAGAUGGGGUUUGAUGGUGGCACAUUAAGCCAGUGCAUAGCUGUGUCACAGGCAGUUAUUUCUGGGUGCUUAGUGCCCACCAGAGGAGCAGUGGAGUGUCCUUAAAGAAAUCCCUGCCCUGUCUCUUCUGUCUUACCCCAGAUAUAUGUAUCACAUAUCUGCUGUUGCUCUGAUGUUGAGUUGUUAGGGAUGCUUGUACACAGCUUUAUGCUGUGGGAAAUGCUGUCCAGGAGAAAAAGCAAGAAUGGCAGUGCAUGCUCUCAGGAGUGUUUGGGCAGCUGCCCUCUCUGGCCUGUCCCUGUCCCCACCCCAGGGGUCUGAUGGUGUCACACACUGCAUAUUCCUUGGUGCUCUCAGGUGGCCCAGCACUAACCUUGUGCCAAACUGAGAGCCUCACACUGCUCCUCUGAGACUCAUCCCAGCACUGAAAUGCCUCCUCUGUCCUGAUGGGAGCACCAAAAUGCACACACCACCCUGAGGAUGAACAGACCCUCCUUGUGUGCACAGCUGGAAUUUCACCUGUCCCUGUGGACACCCUGAGUUCACCUGCUUAGGGAUGGCCCUAAACACUGCCAGGGACAAGAAAUACUCAUCCCUGUCCAAGAGAGGAUCUACAGAUCUUGGUUUUACUUGUUACACAAGUGCUGGGCUAAUCCUGGUCUCCCUGUGCCUGUCAGCAAUGCCUUUGUCAGUGCUCCACCUCCACCCAGCCUGAGCACAUUUACAGGGGCUGUACCUCACCUUGGGUGAGCAUGAGUUCCCUUUCUGGAUGCAGGUUUAAUCCAGAUCUGAGUGGUUUUUAUGGCAGGAUCUCUCCUACCUCACUUACAUGGUCUUUCCUUAGCAAAGGACAUGUGCUUGGCACUUCCCCAGGGGUUUCUGUCAGCUGCACCCCCACGGGUCCUGCCACACUGCCCAUCCUGCCUGGCACUCCUGGCAUCAGCAACCAGGGAGCUUUAGCAAGAAAAAUCUGUGCUGGCCUCCUGUGACACCAGGACAGAGUGUGUCUUGAUGACCUCUGGGUGAGACACUUGUUUAGGUGGUGUUAGAGCUGCUGAAUAAUGCUAGGGUUUGAGGGGUUUUGACCAAAUGAGAAAUAAACAGUGUACCUUGUAUUGCAUAAAAGCAAAAGUGACAUAAAAAAUGGAUAGAGUUAUUUUCAAGGGGAAAGAAUAUUCCAUUAGAUAUAUUAUGUCACAUUUUGGAAUAAAUGAUUAGUGUCAUAUUAGGAAUAAAUUAUUUCAAAAUGAAAAAAUGGAACUUUGUUGCACAGCUCAGAAUAAAAAGCUUAACCUUUUGGGGUUUUUA